AUGGACUCGCAAGAUCAAGCAAGCUUAGAAGGACGAGCACCUCCGACCGAAGAGAACGAACGCGCUCGUUUCCGAGAACUCCAUCGAGUGGAUAUCGAUCCAAAUUCCUUCUCAGCCUUUGUCACGUCGGCUGGAUUGGAGAAAGUGCAAGAGUACCAUGACCGACUGGAAGCGGUAUUUCGGAUUGUGAUAAGCAAUGGGAGACCAAAAGAAUCUUGCACCGCUUUGUGGGAGGCUUUGGUCGUCUCAAAGCACUGCUCUUUUAACGUCUUCAGGGAAGCACUCUUACUGACCGAGGAAAAACAUCCCGAUCAGAUAAAAGAAUUUCUCCGUCUUGCUUACUUCCAUCAAUAUCCUAAGCAUGAUUCUUCCAACCUCUCGAACAAACAAAUGGCCGAUGCAAUCAAGGGUGUCGUCGCCAACAAACCUGAGAAGCCUCGCGACUCCGAAUCUGUUCAUCCGGACUGGUCUGUCGAUAUCGUGAAGGCUGGUUUUCAGGCAGAGUAUAAGAAUUCUGAUCUUAUCGUCAAACCAAACCUAGAUCUCCUCCGUGAUAUGGCGGGUGCAUGGUCGCAAAUAAACUACAAGGCGCCCUUCACUUCGAUCGUCGGCCCGACCAUGAGCGGUAAAACUCGAUUACUACUGGAAUUCGCUAAACAUGUCUGCGUAGUUUAUAUAUGUAUUCGACCUCCUGAUUCAUCUGGCCAGCCCCCUCGUUCCUCACUUGCUGAUACACUGCUGCCAAUUGAUCCGGAGCUGAAGUCGAAUCUGCAUCUGCAUUACUCUCGCUUUUUGGCUGCGAUUCUAGAAGCGGUGGCUGAUUUCUUUUCAAGUGCUAAUAUGCAAGGCCGAAAGUCAGAAGAUCAAUUAGCUGCGUGGUUUGAACACAGUUUUCAAAUGGAUGAGAAGAAGAAACCCGACAAGUUUUCCUCGGAUGUAAGAGCAAAAAUGAAGGCGCUACCAGCUACCCCGGAAACAGAGACUAUGAACCUUGUCGAAGACGCCGCAAAGAAAAUGCACGACAGCAUCCAAUUCCUCGAGAACGGAAAACUCAAGCUAGUCCUUGCGAUUGACGAAGCCAGAAACUUGCUCCCACCGGAGGACCAAACUUUCAAAAUCUCAUACUUUCAAGCUUUUUGUCGGGUUUUAUCCCAGAUACCUCCAUCAAAGGGAUUCUUUGCUGUCUUCACCGAUACAAUCUCAAAGGUAGCCAAUUUUAAUCCUUCGGCCAGCAAGGAUCCCAGCUUGAGAAUUCCCAACCGUGGGUAUAAACUAUUUCCGCCAAUAUAUAAACUUGCAACGCUGGAUUUGAUGGCCAGGCCAAUACCGGAAAGUUGGAAAGAAUUGCUAUCGCCCCUUCGGCUCUUCAGUUAUGGCAGCCCUUUUUACGGCCUGUAUUUUGAGGCAGCAAAGAAUAAGACGCCUAUGGGCGCCAUUGAAGUUACUAUGAGUAUUGCCACCGAAAAGCUGCUUUGCACCACAGUUACCCCUUCCGCUCAAGAGUUGUCCAAAUCACAAGUUUUCGCCUUACUGGGCUCCACAAUACAGACACGGCUCACAUCUUCGGACAUGAACUCAGAGCUGAUUUCAAGUAAUGCAGCUCACUGCAUGUUCAUUAGCUCAUCUCGAGACUUGAUAAUCAGCUAUUAUCCCUCGCAGUUCAUCUAUGCAUCGGCAGCCAACACAUUUCUUGCAUCGGAUGACGAGAUUAUGAACGGGCUCAUCUCCUGUGGAGACCCUGGAGAAAUGGCGACCAGGAUCAUCUUACUACGGGCAAUGCACAAAACAAAAAAGAUCACUUGUGAUGGGGAAGACUCAAUCCCAUAUGGAUAUUCGGUUCGAUUGGAGGACUUCCUUGAGACCUUGACUGGAGUGAAUCCACAACAGUUGCACUUUGGUCCAAUCAAGAAUGCCCCCAAAAACAGACUCUUGCGGAACGGACGGAUCUUCUUCAACCAUUUUACUCCCGUUGAAUACACGCCCAACGCAACCGAUCUAUUGGAGCUUUUGUACCGAGGCCUUGCGGUUCAAUGCAAGCCUGGACAGCAUGGACUUGAUGAGCUUUUCCCAAUCUAUCUUCCACCGAAAUCCAAAUCUCCAGACUCUGAUAAGCUCAGCCACAAGAACAUCUCCUUCUGUGGUAUUCAAACCAAAAAUCAGACUGAUUCAAUCGACUGGUCAGACAGCCAUAAGUGGUCCAAAAGUGGCGCCGGAAUCAAAGAUAUCCAAAAUCCCUACCUUAUCCUGUUAUUCAGCUUGAGAUCAGAGGACAAGCCUGAUACCACCCGUUCGAAAAAAGCACCAAAAGAAAACCCUCCAGAAUGGAAGAAACCAUUGGACAAUACAGACCAACAAAGAGCUUAUCUCAAUUUCCUUGGUCUGGAUCCUAUUGCUUGCCUUACACCCAAGAUACGCACAGCGCUGAAAAGAUUGCUCAAUUCAACACCAGAGGACAUACUACCGCUUCAUAAACCAGACCACCGGACCCUGCCAGAUGCCCAUACCUUAGAGUGGAUCAGAUCUUCUCCAGGAACGUCCAUAACCCGGGACACCCGCAAGUUACACCUACAAGUUUCAACACCCUCACUCUCUCAACGUGCCUCAAAGGCUUGGGUUUCUACCACAACUUGCCCACAGCCGCUUCGCCCACCAGGAAGAUGCAGGCUUUUUGUAACAAUAAUCUCCACCUUGACAAAAUCUUUAUUAUGA